UUCGUGCUUUGCUUCGCCUUCGUCUAAGUUACUGGAAGCUUCGGUGUUUGUUUGCCAUUCUUUAAUCGAGGUUUCAAAUGGAGCUUUGAUCAUCACUUUGCAACCAUUUCUCUCGCGUUCCUGCACGCUCACAUUCCCCCCCCCCCCACACCCACCUUGCUCUCUCUCUCUCUCUCUCUCUCUGUUCGCGCGCUACCUGUUUUUCUUUUCAUCUUCAGAGCAAUUUUCAUAUUCCUUUGGGAGAGUAGUUUUUUCCACAUUUCUGGUGGACGAUUGAAGUUACAAUCUGAAGUAAGUUUUACAGAUGGCUUCAGACCUAUUGGAAGACUUGCAAGAGCUUCGGAAGCUUCUUGAAUUAGCUAAGCGACCCCACGUUCAGGCUUUGUUGUCCAAUGAAAUCUCUAACCUGGAGAAGGUGCGGGAAACCUCCAUGGAAGUAGAAGAGAUGCCUAAUCCUAGCACCGCGGAUAAAGUUUCGAACGAGGUUGCACCGGUGGAGAGAAGACCGGCCUCGCGAUCUGUUCAUUACAUCAAUUUAUCCACCUUCAGUUGGGACGAGGAAUCUGAGAAAGUGAAGAUUUACAUCUCUUUAGAGGGUGCGGCCCAGGAGAAAGUUGAGGCUGAUUACCAGGAACAAUCGGUCAAUUUGAAGAUUCACGACGUGAAUGGGAAGAACUACCAGUUUGCUGUUCCUAGAUUGGCGAAAAAGAUUGUACCAUCGGCUUGCAAGUUUCUUGUUAAACCAAAACGGGUCAUCCUCACGUUGAAGAAGGCCGAUUUGGGUAGCUGGUUUGAACUUACAAAGAAGGAAGAGAAGAUUAAACCUCCAUCUCUGGACAAAGAGGCAGACCCAAUGGCAGGUUUAAUGGGCUUGAUGAAGAACAUGUACGAAGAGGGUGACGAUGAGAUGAAGAAAACCAUAGCCAAGGCAUGGACUGAUGCUCGGUCUGGGAAGCCUGGAAUGGGUUCAAGUUCGAUGGAUUCAUUUUAAGGUAUACGAUUGUCACUUGGUAUUGAAGACUGUCCUUAUGGUCCUUGUUAUGAGGAGAGGCGGUGGAGGAAAAUUAUCAUGAAGCAGCAUUGUUUUACGAGGACCAAUAGCAUGAUUGUGUGAUAGGUGCCAAAGCAUGACCAGUUCUUUUCAUGGUAGUUGACAAUUUGGUCGCAAGCUAGCUUCAAGGUUAGUAGAGUACUGUUCAUUUCGCAACUACAUUUUGCAACGGGCGCUUUGCGUGAUUUAGUUGAUUGUAAGGAGUGUCGCACAACGGCAUCAUGGAUAACUUCACUUAAUUUUCUCCAAUUUAAGUGCCAUAUACAGACCAAGUAUUGCUUUUUCGAGAAUGAAAAGAAUGAUCUGGAUUAUUUUCAA